AUGGGGAGAUCGGAGCCUCCAUUCCUUUAUGAUCGCCCGUCCACAUACAAUUUCCACGGUCCGACCGACCCGGGCUUUAACCCAAAGGCCGUCACGCAGGCAAGCCGGAUUCGCGAGCAGCCGAAGCCCAAGCCAACAGGCCCGCUCCUAAACUUCAAUCGCCAUCCAGAUUCUUGGGCUGGCAGCCUUGACAAAUCAACAUGGACUCCAAUGCACCCCAAUACCAAGAACAGAGUCAAGUACACUCGUGGUGCUCAGCUAGGGUUGCGAGUAGUCACCCUUGUGGGUGCUCUCGGUUCUCUGUUCUGUUCUAUCGUUAUUAAGAAUGCCGCGACGACCGUGAUAUGGAUCAUUCGGGCCGGGCCCAUCGUUGCAAUCAUGCACACCAUUUAUGGUAUCUGUCAUCUUUCUCGCUCUCCGGCUCCUCGUCCCCCUGCUUCGCAAGCCAGCUAUGGAGUGUUCGCAUCCACCCUCGAUCUGGGGCUGAUCCCAUUUUACGUCUUUACCGCAAUUAUUGCGCACGCUGAAUACACAGAAGAUGCCUAUCACUGGGGCACCAUGUUCAAAAGUACCGAAUUGACGGUGGACAUUUCUGAGGCUAUGUUCAUUUGCGCCCUGGCCAAUGCCGGCUUGCACCUCGUGUCGCUUUCUCUGUCAAUCUACCUCGCUGUGAUCUUCCGCAAGAUUUCGAACUUACCACCUGAUCUGAACCCACUGGAAGACAACCUGACUGCACGUCCCCAGCGAAGCCGUAAGGAAAUAAAUAUCGACGAAAAGCAUAUGAGUUCCUCCACGUUGGCCUCGACCAUGGAAGAUCCUCUUAUUGGCCCUCCCCGCUCUGUGCCGUUCAUACACACGCGCGGCCAUUCCUUUGGCGGCGAGUCUAGUCGAGGAUCGGUGGAUAUUAUGAAUGAGAAGCGCCAGUCUCAGGCGUCUUUCCAGCAACACCGUCUCUCUCACAUGGAGCCCGCAAGCCCGGAGAUGCUCUUCCACCAGCCUCAAAGUCAGCCGUUUGAUCUUACAUCCCAAAUCUCGGCGCCCGAAUACAGAAACGUGCCAAAGCAACUGCCGGAAUUUGUUGACCCAAGUACUCAUAUGCGUCAUUUGGCGUCUCGCACCGCGGACAGGUCGGACUCGGUGAGCCCCUUGUCUGACAACUGGAUCGCAUACUCAGAUCGAGCCCCGUCUCCAGUCAAUGAUGGUCAUAAUCCCACCAGUACUACCCUCCGUCAGUCGUCCUCUGUUUACAGUCGACGAACGGACGCAACAGGUGCCUCAACCGGAAGUGGUAUUAGGGACUGGUUCGCAUACGGUCAAAAACCUGCCAAUGUGGGGAGCGCGAUUCCUGAAGAUACCCGCGGCGAGUAUGCCUCCGUGGCAGUAAAUGAGUACUACGGUUAUGACGACGACAACGAUCACGAGCAGGAUCUGGGUGAUACCCGCUUCAAUAUUUUCCCCGACCCUGAAGAGCAUGAGAAUGACAUUCAAGAUGGACCAGCUCACGAACUUCCUUUCAACCCUCUCAUGCUCAACCCUCCCACUCCGCAGCCUGUUCUCACCGAGAUCCCUGAGAAUGCCGAUCCUGUGCGCCGCAAUGCGCUGGACGAUAAUCCGAAUCUGUCGCACAAUUUGAAAGCUCACGGACUUAUGCCACAAGCUACUACGAACUCUCCUCCAACCAAGAGCCGCUUCUAUGGUGACCUGGAGGGAGAUGGAAAACUGGGACGCGUCCGUUCGCGCGAACCGAGUGGACAGGACCAGAUGGCGCGCAAACCGACCAAGCUCUCCAAGAAGCGCAGCAAGAAGAUGGCCGCGUAUCAAACCUUGAAAAAGGAUGACAGCGGAGACGAGGGCCACCUCAGUUCUCCGAUCCCAGCAUCCCCAGCCUUGAACGAGGGAGAUCGCAAGGGUCGCGUGGUCAGCAAUACCGGUGCAGACACCUUCGGGCAAACCCUUGGCGGUGCUGGUGCAUCCUUAUCAUCCUAUGGGUCUUACCUCGCCGGUCUUGGAGUUCCCAAGGUCGGCACACGUCGGCGCGAUGUGUCGGGCAAAGUCGCCGAAGAAGGUCGCGGAGGAAAGAGUAUCGAGGUGGAUUCUCGUACAAGCCCCAAUCCAAGCCAAUCGCAGACUCGUGCCGCAGGAUGGACACGAUUUGCCGGUCUGUGA